AUGCCUCUCAAGAACGUCUUGGCCAUCGUCGCCGCUCUGCCGCUGGCCUCUGCCGGCGGCUGCCCUCACAUCAACGGCAACACCAACGCCCACGUUGCCCGCAGCGGCUUUCAACACCCCGAGUCCAUCUUGGAGACGAGAUUUAGCCCCGAUGGCCCUGAUUUCGGAACCUGCCCCCGCAAGAGCACCGUUGCUGGUGGCGGCACUCGAAGCAAGCAGUGGUGGCCUUGCGAGCUGAACUUGGCUGUUCUUCGCCAGUUCUCUGAGAAGUCCAACCCCUUUGGCGCGGAUUUCGACUAUGCCAGCGCCUUUUCCAAGAUUGAUGUCGCUCAGCUGAAGAAGGACAUCACCGCCGUCCAGACUACCUCUCAGGACUGGUGGCCUGCCGACUUUGGCAACUAUGGUCCCUUCUUCAUCCGUCUUGCUUGGCACAAUGCCGGUACCUACCGCUCCAUUGAUGGACGCGGAGGUGCCGGUCAGGGCCAGCAGCGAUUUGCUCCCCUCAACAGCUGGCCCGACAAUGCCAACCUCGACAAAGCUCGCCGCCUGCUUUGGCCCAUCAAGCAAAAGUACGGUGCUGCUCUCUCCUGGGCUGAUUUGUUUGUCUUCGCCGGUAACACUGCCAUGGAGAACAUGGGCUUCCCCACGUACGGCUUCGGCUUUGGUCGUGUGGAUACCUGGCAGUCCGACGAGGGCAUCUACUGGGGUGGCGAGCAGGAGAUGUUCCCCGAGGCUGCCAACAACGUGGUCCGCUACAACGGAAGCACCGACUUCACUUCUCGUGCGGCAGAACUCGAAAGCCCGCUCGGAGCCGUCAGCAUGGGUCUCAUCUACGUUGACCCCCGCGGACCCAACGGUACCCCUGACACCAAGGCCUCUGCCCUUGAUAUCCGUGAGACCUUUGGCCGCAUGGGUAUGGAUGACGAAGAGACUGUUGCUCUGAUUGCCGGUGGUCACGCCUUCGGCAAGACCCACGGUGCCGUUGCUGGCUCCAACAUCGGCCCCGAGCCCAACGCCGCUGGCAUUGAGCAACAGGGUCUCGGCUGGAAGAACAGCUUUGGCACUGGCAACGCUGACGAUGCUUACACCAGUGGCCUCGAAGUCAUCUGGUCUCGCACUCCCACCAAGUGGGCCAACGAGUUCCUCUUCUCCCUGCUCAACAACAACUUCACCCUCACCAAGUCCCCCGAUGGUGGUCCUCAGUGGGAGGCUCUCGAUGCCAACGCCUCCUACCCCGACCCCUUCAUUCCUGGCAAGUUCCGCCGCCCUACGAUGCUUACCAGUGAUCUCGGUCUCCGUGACGACCCCGUCUACAACAACAUCUCGAGGACCUUCCUCAAGGACUUUGACUACUUUACCGAGAAGUUCGGUCUCGCCUGGUACAAGCUCCUCCACCGUGACAUGGGCCCCAUCUCCCGCUACCUCGGCCCUGAGAUCCCCAAGAAGGCUCCUCUCAUCUGGCAGGAUCCCCUUCCCGCUCCCGGCUACACCACUCUGGCCGCCUCUGAUAUCUCAUCCCUGAAGUCGCAGAUUCUCGCCGCCCCCGGCCUCAACGUCUCCAACCUCGUCACCACUGCUUGGGGAUCUGCUUCCACUUUCCGUAUCUCUGACAAGCGCGGUGGUGCCAACGGAGCUCGCAUUGCUCUCCAGCCCCAGGCCUCUUUCGCCGCCAACAACCCUACUCGUCUGGCUGCUGUCAUCAAGGCUCUCAAGGGAGUCCAGUCCAAGUUCCAGACCGGCGGCAAGAAGGUUUCUCUGGCUGAUCUCAUCGUUCUCGGUGGUAAUGCUGCCAUUGAGAAGGCUGCCAAGGCUGCCGGGGUUACUGUCACCGUGCCUUUCACCCCUGGUCGUGUUGAUGCCACCCAAGAUCAGACCGAUGUCUCCACUUUCGCUUUCCUCCAACCCCAGGCUGAUGGUUUCCGUAACUUUGGCCAUGGCACCGCUUCGUCUCUCACUGAGGAGCUUCUUGUUGACAAGGCCGCUCUCCUGACCCUGAGCCCUCCUGAGCUGACUGUCCUCAUCGGUGGUUUCCGUGCCCUCUCUGCCAACUUUGACGGCUCCUCCACCGGUAUCCUCACUUCUCGCCCUGGCCAGCUCACCAACGACUUCUUCGUCAACCUUUUGGGCUCAUACGCCACCUGGUCCGUCGUCAACGGCACCAACGAGGAGCUCUUCCAGAGCACAAACUCCGCCGGCAAGGUCCAGUGGACUGCCUCUCGCGCUGACCUCAUCUUCGGUUCCCACCCUGAGCUCCGAGCCGUCUCCGAGGUCUACGGUUCUUCUGACGGGCAGAGCAAGUUUGUUACCGACUUCAUCGCUGCUUGGGCCAAGGUCAUGAACCUUGACCGUUAUGAUGUCAAGGGACACGCUGGUCCUUACUAA